AUGCUUCGCUUACCGCCCAGCAGCCUGUCCCUCUCAGAACGCGAUAUCGAAUUCCACCUCCGGCAGACAGAAAUCUACCAAGGCUUAUUGAAUCAAGGCUUCAAGAGGCAUGAUAUUAUUCGUUAUCUAAAUGACUAUCGCAAGGCUGCGGCAGAUGCAGCAUAUCCCGGCCUGCGGGACUUUGCCGUGUCAAUCUCAAGUACCGCCGAAUUGUCCUACCGUCGUCCCCAGCCUUCGCCCCAGGACAGCCAGGAAAAAGAAUGCAAGAAGCAAUCUCCAGUUCGUCACUGUUCCUCCGAGUCCUUAGAUAGAUCGAUAUCCAGCUUUCCCGAGCUUCCUCCAGAUUUUGAAGAGUCCCAAAUCGAACACCAAGACCACAUUUCAGAUGUCCCCGUUCAGGGGAGUGAAAAUUCUCCUAGCGGUAGCCCAAGAUCGCCCAAGUCCAUCGAGCCACCCGUGCACAUCAAUCAACAUGCUCCUCGUAAGAGCUCCCUUCUCCGAUUUGCUGAGGUGGCGUCACCCGAGCAUCCUCCUACCGACCCGGAAGAGGGAAGACCUGUUCCUGCGCCGACGGCCACACCCAUACGUAGGAACUACAAGCGGCGGAGUCAUACCUACCCAUACCAAUCCUCCGAGCGAGACUCUGUUGCGGAUACAGAGAUACAGGAUCACAUCUCAGAUGGCCUGAAUCGAGUCUCUCUAGAUGAGGCGCUGGACAGUGCGCCCUUCGAAUUGCCACCCGCGAACCCGGGUGCCGCUCGCACGUAUUCAGCGCAAGACAUCACAUUCGCGAGUCCAGCAACAGAAUCACCACCCGGAAAUGGCUCCGUCGAUAUGCCCGGCACCGACAUGGCUCAGCCUGCCUUAGAGCGCCGUCGAAGCAGCAACCUUCUCGGACAGAUGUAUUCCAUAACAGAUAUGCCAAGCUCUCCUCCUCUUCCACGGACGCCGGCAAGCGACUACUUCGGGCAGCAACCAGCUCUACCUGGCUCCCCACGAUUGCCAAGUACACCAACACCGAUUCGCAAUGCUGCUGCCCUCCCGCGCACCGAGCCUCGGCCUUAUAGAAAUCUGGACGGGAGCUCCUAUAGCGUGUACAAUGAUUCACUCCCUGCAAGUUCUCAGCCACAAACUCCCGCCGACACUUCGAGGCAUCUAUUGGUCACUGAGCGAGACGCUGCGUAUACCGCACCACCAGGAAUGCUCCACGUCGGGUCGACCUUUGUUACAUACCGUGGUCGACAAAGUUGGGAUCAGGAAGCCGUACCGCAGAGUCCAACUGCGCGAGCCAUCAAUCUGCGUGAACGACGGAAUCGGGAAUUGACGAGGAGUGUGCAGGCUGAAGGCGUUCGAUUGCAGAGGUUGAGGAUGAGGGACGAAAGCCGGUUCGCGCAGCGGGCUUUUGAGGCUAACGCUGCCGACACGGGUGGAAAUGGAGCAGCAUCUUUCUCCUCAACUUCAGAUGAUAUGUGGAGGGAUGAGCUAGAAGCCGAUCGUGUGGGAGACGAGAACUUUGAGACGGGCAACGACGGUAAUCAUCGCAGGGUCAUGCGAGCUGUAAGUGGAAAUGCUAGGUUUGACGUUGGGGGAUGGCACGGAUGA